UCUUGCAGAUUCACCACACCAUUCACCGUAAACUAACUUAGUCAAUCGAUUUAGUGAAGCUUAUUAUAAAGUGUAAUUGUUUAACCAAUGUCCUCUUUCAUGUAAAAGCAAAAAGCUCACUCUCACAAUGGUCAAAGAACAGUACCGAGAAACAGAUUUAGCCAAGAAAAUAUCCCAUGUCAGCUUUGGCGUGGAUGGACCCCAUCAAAUGCAGCAACAGGCACAUUUGCAUGUUGUUGCCAAAAAUUUAUACUCCCAAGAUACAGCAAGAACCCCAGUUCCCUUUGGUGUUUUGGAUAGACGGAUGGGAACUAACCAGAAAGACGCAAACUGCCAGUCUUGCAGUAAAGGUCUGAAUGAUUGUGUAGGACACUUUGGAUAUAUUGAUCUUGAACUACCUGUGUUUCAUAUUGGAUAUUUCCGCUCUGUAAUAAACAUCCUGCAGACUGUAUGUAAGAACCCUCUCUGCGCUCAUGUGUUGCUGACUGACAAGGACCGUAUGUCUUUCUACGCAAAGGUGCGCAACCCAAACCUCACGUACUUAGCUCGCAAGGCUUUGCGCAAGCAGGUACAAGAACGCGCCAAGAAAGUUAGCCUUUGUCCCCACUGUGGUGACAUCAAUGGAGUCAUCAAGAAAUGUGGCUUACUCAAAAUCAGCCAUGAAAAGUUCCGGACCAAACGCCCAGAAGGCAUCAUGGCUGCAAAGUUGGCUGAGUAUGACGAUGUGGUUGCGUACAACCCUGAGCUGGAGUCUGCUCGCAAACACGGCCUCACACAGAUCCUGAACCCACAGGAGGUCCUACGACUGCUGGAGGCCAUCCCGGAGCAGGACGUCCAGUUGUUGCUGAUGAACCCUUCAGUGUCUCACCCGGCACAUCUCAUCCUCACUCGCAUACCCGUGCCACCCAUCUGUAUCAGGCCCUCUGUCAUAUCUGACCUCAAAUCUGGAACCAAUGAAGAUGAUUUGACAAUGAAACUGUCGGAGAUCGUGUUUAUCAAUGACGUGAUAGCCAAACAUCGACAGUCCGGAGCCAAGGCUCAGAUGAUCAAUGAAGAUUGGGAGUUUCUACAGCUGCAUUGUGCUUUAUACAUCAACAGUGAGACCUCGGGGAUACCAAUCAACAUGCAGCCAAAAAAGUCCAGUCGAGGACUGGUGCAGAGGUUGAAAGGCAAGCAGGGACGAUUCAGGGGUAAUCUCUCAGGCAAGCGUGUAGACUUUUCCAGCAGAACUGUCAUCUCUCCAGAUCCUAAUUUAAGGAUAGAAGAGGUGGGUGUGCCGGUGCAUGUGGCAAAGAUACUGACAUUCCCAGAGAGGGUCCACCCGGCCAACAAGGCGUUGAUGAAGCAACUAAUCAUCAACGGACCAGACGUCCACCCCGGGGCAAACUUUGUACAGCAGAAGGACUCAAACUACAAGAAGUACCUGCGUUACGGCAACCGGUUCAAGAUAGCUCAAGAACUCAAGGAAGGAGACAUAGUAGAACGCCACUUGCGGGACGGUGAUGUGGUAUUGUUCAACAGACAACCAAGUCUGCACAAACUGAGUAUCAUGUGUCAUCGGGCAAAAGUGUUGGAACAUCGCACGUUCAGGUUCAAUGAGUGUGUGUGUACGCCGUACAAUGCAGACUUUGACGGAGAUGAAAUGAAUCUUCACCUUCCACAGACAGAGGAGGCUCGAGCUGAGGCGUUAGUGCUCAUGGGGAACAAGUCCAACUUGGUGACGCCGCGCAAUGGCGAACUACUGAUUGCUGCGACACAGGACUUCAUCACAGGAGCGUACUUGUUGACUCAGAGGGACAACUUCCUGACCAGGGCUGAGGUGUGUCAACUAGCGGCCACAUUGCUGGCGGGUUCUGACACGCACAUGAACAUAGACCUACCUCCUCCUGCCAUUCGCAAGCCCCAAGUGAUGUGGACAGGCAAGCAGGUGUUUGGAUUGAUACUGAAGCCCAACAAGUCAUGUCCUGUCAAGGCUAAUCUCCGCACCAAAGGACGAGCUUACACAUCUGACGAGGACCUUUGCGUCAGAGAUUCCUUUUUGGUGAUUCGUAACUCCGAGCUGCUAACAGGAGCCAUGGACAAGUCAACAUUAGGGUCUGGAGGCAAGAACAACAUAUUUUACGUGCUGCUGCGGGACUGGGGGGAGAGUAUAGCGACGACAGCCAUGUGGCGACUGGCGAGACUGGCCUCCAAAUACCUGAUGGACCGAGGGUUCAGUAUUGGUAUCGGAGAUGUCACUCCAGGGACAGGCUUGCUGCGAGCCAAGCAGAGACUCCUCAACCAGGGGUACACCAAGUGUGAUGAGUACAUAUCUCGUAUGAAGGAGGGACGUCUGCAGUGUCAGCCUGGUUGUUCUGCGGAGGAGACACUAGAAGCUGUGAUACUCAAGGAGCUCUCUGUGAUCCGAGACCACGCAGGUAAAGCUUGUCUAAAGGAGCUCCACCCUACAAACAGUCCACUCGUCAUGGCCCUCAGUGGCUCUAAAGGAUCAUUCAUCAACAUUUCCCAGAUGAUUGCGUGUGUCGGCCAGCAGGCUAUCAGUGGCAAGAGAGCCCCCAAUGGGUUUGAGGACAGAGCCCUUCCGCACUUUGAACGCCAUUCCAAAAUACCAGCAGCUAAAGGGUUUGUAGAGAACAGUUUCUACUCAGGCCUCACUCCUACUGAGUUCUUCUUCCACACAAUGGGAGGCAGGGAGGGUCUGGUAGACACAGCUGUCAAGACAGCCGAGACUGGCUACAUGCAGCGUCGUCUAGUCAAGUCUUUAGAAGAUCUCUGUUUGCACUACGACUUGACUGUCCGUAACUCCUCUAGUGACAUUAUUCAAUUCUUGUAUGGAGGAGACGGCCUAGAUCCUACUUAUAUGGAAGGUAACGGGUGUCCGGUGGAACUGCGCAGAGUGUUAGAUCAUGUGAGGGCUGUGUUCCCCAGUAGAGAUGAGGAAGCACUCACAGCUACUCAGAUCAUUCAAGCCACUGAUGAGCUCAUCAAGUCUACUGAGGACCUGGUAGGCUGCAGUGACGAAUUCAAGACCGAGCUAAAAGACUUCAUGUAUGGUGUUGCUCGUCGUCUCGUACAUCAGACAAAAGGCAGGGAAGAUGUCAAGGUGGUGAAAGAGUUAGAGAGACUGACAGUCUCACAGCUGGUGCAGUUCUUUGACACCUGCCAGACAAAGUUCAUGAACGCUAAAAUCGAACCUGGCACUGCUGUGGGAGCCUUGGCAGCUCAGAGUAUAGGAGAGCCAGGCACCCAGAUGACUCUCAAGACCUUCCACUUUGCUGGUGUGGCCAGCAUGAACAUUACACAGGGAGUGCCUCGUAUCAAAGAAAUCAUCAACGCAGCCAAGAACAUCAGCACUCCCAUCAUCACGGCACAUCUGGAGAACGACACGGAUCCCGAGUUUGCGCGCAGAGUCAAGGGUCGUAUUGAGAAAACUGUGCUGGGUGAGGUGUGUGAGUACAUGGAGGAAGUGUACCUUCCCUACGACAGCUUCCUUCUGAUCAAGCUGGACUUGGAGAGAAUCAGGCUGUUAAAACUGGAGGUAGACGCUGACUCCGUCAGAUACAGUAUUUGUACGUCACGUAUGAAGGUGAAACCUCACCAAGUACAGGUGCAAGGCCCUUCUAUUCUCACUAUACAAGCCACAUCUCAGAAGACUAUGGGUCUUGAUGCUAUGCUCAGCUACCUCAAAGAGAACAUUCCUAAAGUUGUCAUCAAGGGAGUCCCUUCAGUAAACCGAGCAGUGAUCCACGAGGAUGAUUCCGGAGGAGUGACUCGUUACAAGCUCCUAGUAGAAGGAGACAACCUACGUGAUGUGAUGGCUACUCAAGGUGUGAAAGGCACUCAGUGCUGGUCCAACAACACCUACCAAGUCUAUCAGACACUGGGCAUAGAGGCUGCUAGGUCGACCAUAAUGUCGGAGAUCAAGUUGGUGAUGGAGAACCACGGGAUGAGUAUUGACCCUCGUCACCCGAUGUUGGUGGCCGACCUGAUGACCUCCCGAGGUGAGGUUCUUGGCAUCACUCGCCACGGACUGGCCAAGAUGAAGGAGUCUGUGCUCAACCUUGCCUCUUUUGAGAAGACGGCAGAUCAUCUGUUUGAUGCAGCGUACCACGGCCAGACUGAUGUCAUCUCCGGAGUGUCUGAGUCCAUCAUCAUGGGCAUUCCCAUGGCGGUGGGAACUGGCCUCUUCAAACUGCUUCAAAAGACUGACAGAGAGAAUGUGCUGACUCCAAGACAGCUGUUGUUUGACAACCCGGCUCUUCACUCCAGAUGACUCAACCUGUGAUUGUAACUUUAUCUGUAAUUUGGUAAAUUUGUUUAAUAAAUACGUUAAGCUAA